AGAUGCCGGCAGGAAGUCCGCAGUCGUCCAAGGAAGAGCCAGCGCAGUGAGUAUCCACCAGGUCACCUGAGUCUAAGGUGGCCCUGGGUCUGAGAGCCGCCCGGAAGCCUGCAGCUCCUUAGGAAAACUCGCAGAGCAAAAAUUCCUGUAAAACACAGAUCGAAAGUGAGACAGUCUGCUGUCUGCCAGCCUGCAUUAUGAGCUAUAAUGCGACAGACCUCACCACUGGCUACCUCUCCUCUGCUGUAGCAAUCCUCCUGUUCGGCUCCAACUUUGUACCACUUAAAAAAUAUGACACUGGCGACGGGAUGUUCCUUCAGUGGGUGCUCUGUGCUGCCAUUUGGUUGGUUGCCUUGGUGGUAAACUUGAUACUACACUGCCCUAAGUUCUGGCCGUUUGCAAUGCUUGGCGGCUGCAUUUGGGCUACAGGGAACAUUGCUGUCGUUCCAAUUAUCAAAACCAUCGGUUUAGGUCUUGGACUCUUAAUCUGGGGAUCAUUUAACACCUUAACUGGCUGGGCAAGCUCAAGGUUUGGCUGGUUUGGGAUGGAUGCAGAAGAAGUGUCCAAGCCAAUGCUGAAUUACUUUGGAGCUGGGCUGUCAGUAGUAAGUGCGCUCACGUUUUUGUUCAUCAAAAGUGAAAUUCCGAAUAACCCAGGCAGCUCGGACACCACACCACUAAUGACAGAGCCUGUGAUCAACAGAACUGAAGACCCGCGUGCGGAUUCCUCCUGGGUGGAUAAACUUUCUACCACGCACCACCGCAUUGUGGGCUGCAGCCUUGCAGUAAUAUCUGGAAUACUCUAUGGAUCCACAUUUGUGCCAAUCAUUUACAUCAAGGAUCACAGCCAAAGAAAUGACAGCAUGUACGCAGGCGCUAGCCAGUAUGAUUUAGACUACGUUUUUGCACACUCCAGCGGCAUCUUUCUUACAUCCACAGUCUACUUUGUGGCCUACUGUGUAGCCAUGAAAAAUAGGCCAAAGCUGUAUCCAGAGGCAGUCUUACCAGGCUUCCUGUCAGGGGUGCUGUGGGCCAUCGCCACCUGCUGCUGGUUCAUAGCCAACCACUCACUAAGCGCUGUGAUCAGCUUCCCGAUCAUCACUGCUGGUCCUGGACUUAUUGCUGCACUUUGGGGGAUCUUCGUUUUCAAGGAAAUACAGGGUCUCCGAAACUACUUACUGUUGGUGCUUGCUUUCUGCAUCAUCUUGACUGGGGCCUUGUGCACUGCUUUUUCUAAAAUGUAGUUAUUCACAGCAAGAGCAGCACAUGGCAGCCGCGGCUAGGAGAAAGCCUCUGCCGCACAAGCUAACACUGCGGACAGCUAAGCUGCAGAGCAGUGGAGCUCUGGCACUCUGGGAAUGAAUGAAUGGAUAAAUGACUGUUUACUCCACAAAUGUGAGAAUGAAGACAGAGACCAUGUUUCAGUUCAGCAUGUAUGAAAACUCCUUCCAAUGAGCUGUUAACGAAGGCAGGACCUCGCUGGCUGGCUCAGAGGCAUGCUGGAUCAUCCUGUCUGGUGGUGCUGGCUUCAUCAGGGUCUACUUAAUAUUAUAAUCCAGAAUAGGGCGGAGUUUGUACAAAGGAAAUUACCAUCCAAAUUUAUAAUUUAUUAAUAAAGAGGAACAAAAAUAGAUACUUUCUUGACUGAGGGAAGGAACACAGGCAUACCUUGUGGAAUACAACUUCAAAGUUAUCGGCCCCUUUGCUAGAAAAAGCAAGUGUCAUAGUUGAUACCUGAAUGUUUAAAAGGCCAGUUCAUUAUUUUUAGCCAAAAAUUAUUGCUUUAAUAUUGCUCAGCUCUUAACAUUGCCCGCCCUUUUUAGCUGAAAAUGUUUUGAUAAUUAUUCCAAAUAAAACCGAUCCUCAGAGAGCACGUCACCACCACUCUAUGUACGUUCACAGGCGCACAUACUUGUGUUCAUGGUUCCAGAUUUGGACACGUUCUAGGGUUGCUAAAAGUUUUAGUUCAUCACACUCAAUUUGAAGGAAGCAAAUUUGUUUGACCGCACAACUAUUUUUGUCCUUAAACACAGUUACUUUAAAAAAUUAUUUUAACUGGAAGUGUUUGCUUUGAUCCUAUUUUAACUGAUUUCCAGGAGACAAAAGAAUGUAGCAAGUACAUUGAUUUGAUUCUUUAAGGAAAAAAACCUGCAAGCACACUGCUUGCUUCCAUGCUCUCUGCACCCUUAAUAUAAUAACAGUGUUUAGCUGUGUCUUUUACCUGUUCCCUCCUGGUAUUGCAAUACUUAGGUGUGCCGGAGCAACAGAAUAGCAUCCUGUACCUGCCUGGGCAUAAACCUCAGAUGCUCCUGAGUUAUGUGGCUUUGGACCUGAGCUCUGGGCAUGGCACGCUUCCGGUGAAAGGGGGUUAAUGAUAGGAUGUGUCCUUUGCCUAAUGUCUCCUUGCCCGACAAGCACUCUAACCUUCUUUGCUAUUGUUACUACAUGUUAAUCAAGAGGAAACAAAGUUUACAGAUAGGAAAAACUUACAACUUAUGAAAACUACUGGACUCAACCACCCUUAACCCAAUUAUACUUUGUCUGGCCAAAUCAGAAACAUCCCUGGAGUCCCUUCUAAUCAUUGAAUUGCUCAAACAAAUAAUAUUUGAUAAUAAUGUCUUUUAUCUAUUUCAGUUUUUACUUGAAAUGUCAUUAAAUUGUGAUAAUAUGACAACUUCUGAAUAAACUUAUGGCC